CUCACUCCCGUCUCUUCCUCACCACCGCAUCACAUCCCUGAGCUUAGCCCCAAGCAGAGUCGUCUCCUGCGAUUAGCGAGAGGGAGGGUGAAAAUGCCGAUCAGGAAUAUCGCCGUGGGGAGCCACCAGGAGGUGUACCACGCGGGCGCCCUCAAGGCGGCGCUCGCCGAGUUCAUCUCCACCCUCAUCUUCGUCUUCGCCGGCCAGGGCUCCGGCAUGGCCUUCAGCAAGCUGACCGGCGGCGGUGCGGCGACCCCUGCCGGGCUGAUCUCCGCGGCGGUGGCUCACGCCUUCGCCCUGUUCGUGGCCGUGUCCGUGGGUGCCAACAUCUCCGGCGGCCACGUGAACCCCGCCGUGACCUUCGGCGCCUUCCUGGGCGGCAACAUCUCCCUGUUCCGCGGCCUCCUGUACUGGAUCGCGCAGCUGCUGGGCUCCACCGUGGCGUGCUUCCUCCUCCGCUUCUCCACCGGCGGUCUCGCCACCGGCACCUUCGGCCUCACCGGCAUCUCCGUGUGGGAGGCCCUGGUCCUUGAGAUCGUGAUGACCUUCGGCCUUGUGUACACGGUGUACGCCACCGCCAUUGACCCCAAGAAGGGCAGCCUGGGCACCAUCGCCCCCAUCGCCAUCGGCUUCAUCGUGGGCGCCAACAUCCUGGUCGGCGGCGCCUUCGACGGCGCGUCCAUGAACCCCGCCGUGUCCUUCGGUCCCGCCCUCGUCAGCUGGUCCUGGGACUACCAGUGGGUCUACUGGGUUGGCCCACUCAUCGGCGGUGGCCUCGCCGGUCUCAUCUACGAGGUGCUCUUCAUCUCCCAAACCCACGAGCAGCUCCCCACCACCGACUACUAAGCUGCACCUGCUGCUUGGUAGCUCGUCGCCGCGCGCCGCCGCCGGUUCCUUCCGUUUGAUCAGUUCCCUCGCCGUUUAGUUUCCUCGCAUCGCAUGCAUCGACCGCUGUGUAUGAAUCGAACUCUGCAGCUGCAUCGCUCGCCUCGUUAAUUUGCUUGGACCAGUCGUAAGUUGAACUGUAACCGUGAAUCCUGGACCUGUUUGCUUCUGUAAAAUUUGUGCAUUUGCCCGAGUUUUAUUUAUCAAGUCCAACGUACUCUGCA